UGCAGUAGCAUUCGCGCGGCGACGCUAUCGAUGUGUUAAAGUGUAGUACAACCGCGCAAGUGUACAGUGUAUGUACUUGUACGAAGUGUACAGUACGCAAUAAACGUAUCGUCGUCGUCGUUGUUUGCCUUUCGCGUGUAUACGUGCGUGUCGUGCGCUCUGUCCGCUCCCUCUUUCUGUCUCUCUCUCUCUCUCUCUCUCUCUUUCUCCUCUCGCUUCUUAAACGGUGUGUACGCGCAUACGUGCGUACAUACCAGCAGAAUUCGCAAAACGCACGCCACGAGUUUGCAAGGUACGCCGAGAUCAGCGACGAUUGCGAGCAGCGUGCGAUAUCGUGAACCGAGUGUCUCGGCUAGAAGACGACGAUGUCGAACUAGAUCGUCGGUUUGCGGUCUCGCGGCGAACCGUUAGACACGUUUUCCGACAUCGAGCGAUCGCCGGUCGACGCCGCGAAACUCGCACUCGAAUUUCUGCGCUCCAACCGUUAAUCUCUCCUCCUUUUCUAUCACUUGUGAACGCGCGAACAUUGAUAUCCCACGACCACGACAAUCGCCACCGUUAUCCCUUGCGCGAUCCUGCGACAUCCUGAGAAAAGGUUUCGCGUGCGAAUGCUCGUGCGAUAAAACUCUUUUGUGACGGUUAAACUUGAAAGUGUGCGAAUCAAUGAGACGCGGAUACGUAUGAUAGAUAGAUGUUUGAUAGUCAAUGUCGAUGGAUCGUAUGAAUAAAGGCAAAUGCCCAUGACAAAAGGUAGAAGUCUAAAGCAAUCUCUGCAUGUAUCUAAACGUAUAUCACAAGAAGAGAAGUUUAAGUUUCUGGAUGUAGAGCCAUAUUAUUUCUACUCUCAAAAUAUAAAUGAGCGAGAUAAUAAAAAUAAUCCAGAUCUUCAUUAUGGUGUGAGUUGUCAUGACUCUUCUAUUGUUCCCAACAAUGGACUACACAUAUUUGAUGUUGCGCCACAAUGGGCGCUAUCAAACAAUUUGCAGUGGGUUGAUCUGCAAGCAUUGGUAGCACAUAAUACUGUGCAGGACAUACAUGAUUUACAUAACAAAGGGAAAGAUAUCACAGAAGCUAGUAAUCUAAGUUCAAUAUAUUCUACAAAGUUGUCGCAAACGGCACGACACAAUAAUAGGAUAGCGAAUUGUAAUAUACUGAGUAGUACGGCUAAUGAAUCACUAUCCAGACAAACGAGAAAAUUGGAGAAAAAACAGAACGAUAGGCUGGAUAAUUGCCAGAAGGAUUUUAGUGUAGAGACAGAACUUCAAUUAUUAAAUAUCAAUAAAACAACGGAAUCCAUAUAUUCGUUUACAAAAAAUCAAACCAAAAUUUUGCCUAAAUCGCGGAAAGAACCUUAUUAUGAUACAGAUGUCAAUUAUUUUAGUUAUGUAUCAAAGCAUUCAAUUAAUACGCAAAAUAUUGCUGAAUUGAAAAUUGCAUUGGACAAUAUUGAACAUAAUAAAGAAAAGGAAGUUUGUGAUUCUGGUAGCAACAUUUCUGUAAUUGAUAAUGAACCACUUGAUUUAGUAAUAAGUUCGAAAGAAAGCCAUAAUUAUAGUCAGGCGAAAGAUCGAAUCUGUAAUUAUCCAUAUUCAUCAAUUGGCUAUAAAGGGACACCUUUGGUGGAUGGUGCCAUUUUAAAACAGAAACAUCAUUCCCCUAAUGUACAGAGUUAUAACACAGAGUACAAGAAUAUAGAUUAUGGUUUAUUGAAACUUUCUGAUUUAGAUGAGUUGUCAUGUAAUUCAGGCAAAGAUAAAAAAUUGUUGAAAACCAUCAAUAAGUUACAUACUAAUAACAGUGAAAUAAAUGGGAAAACUGUAACAAAUGAUUUGAAACAAGAGAGAGCACAUAUUUUGGACAAAUACGUUACACACGUAUUACCACCGCGCUUAAGUAGUGACAGUAAAGCAUCUUGGACACAUUUGCAGUCGAAUGCCAAAUGUAACAAUAUCAAGAAAGAGUGCUGCACCAAGGAAGAGGCACACAAGUCAGAAAAUACUGAUUUGGUGCAAUUGACCACCUGCAUUCCAAAAUUAAGCAAUUGGGCUUGUUUCGAAAUGUCAGGACAGUAUCCAGGUCAUAGCCGACCACCGGUUGGCACACCUCCACCGCAAACUGUCUGGAACCAUCUCACACAAGGACCAGGUCUCAAUAUUCACUCAACUUUAUCCAGUGCCGCAUUGAGUACAGCCGGGUUCUACACACAUCCAUCUAUGGCGCGAGCAUCUCAUUUACCAUCUCAACUUACUCCUCAACUCGCUCAUACACAAGCACCACCGACAUGGCAUACACCCACGGUCCCCUCGAAAAGUGUCAUGCCGACUAACACACCGGGCAAUCCCCUAUUCAAUUUACACAUGAUGGUGGAAAAUCGGCAAAAUCAAAAUCAAUACAGAAAUUCGCCUGGCUCGCAGAGCACGCUAGAUCUCUCGUCUACGUCGGAGAUUAUUCCAGAGAAUUAUUCUCGAAUAACUCAGGAUAUUCCAAUCAGUUUGACCGCAAGAAAUGUGGACAAAGGCAGUCGAAAUGGUAACAUAAUUUCACCGCCGAUACCGCUGAACGGGGAAACCUCGUCGGAUAGCGGAAUCAGUUCGUCUGUACCAACACCGAACUCCGUCAGCGAACCGGUCUCUCUAUCAACGAAAGAAGUCACCACACCUAAAAUAACAGUGAAAAACUUUGAGAGCAAUUUAAAGGGAGUCGCGAAUCUUCAUGAUAAGAUUAAGGAAAUAAAUGUAGAUAAUUUUUCGCAGAAAGUGAUAAAUUUGCCGCCUAGUGUGACGAUAGAAAGAGUGAUCGCGGAUAAGAAGGAGCUCGAAACUCCUGUGAAACCUAAGGACACGCUGAGUGUUAUCGCGCAAGUGCCAAGGAAUGUCUUACCUGUUAUAGUCAAUCUCACGUCCAAAAUGGAAAAAGACGUCACGGAUAGUCCUAAAAGAGAAUCCUCUUCCGAAAGAGAUAGGAAACAUGACGAGACGAGCGUGAGAUCGCCUAAGAAUUUGCCGAAGAGAGGAAAAAAGGGUGUCGAUUCUCUGUUAGAGAAAUUAGAGGGUGGCAAUAAGAAGCUCGGGAGUACCGAGAAUAUCGGUUCAGUGAUUGUGAUGCCAAUAGAGGAGAAGGACACAUCUAGUGUUAAAAGUAUAUCGCCGGAGAGACAAAAGUCUAAAUCACCGAAUCGCGAGGAUGAGGUCGUGUCGCCUUUCAGCAAUGAUGAUUCAAACGACAAUACCAAGCAGCGAAGGAAAAGAAAACUUGAAAAGCCUGUAAGUCGCGAGGAUGAGGUCGUGUCGCCGGCUUUCAGCAAUGACGACUCAAACGACAAUACCAAGCAGCGAAGGAAAAGAAAACUUGAAAAACCUGUGAGACUGAGUAAGGAUUCGAAAACGGAAGUCGAAGAUAUGGAACUCGAGCCCACGGAACCUACGGAACCGAGAAUUAUUGAUUUGAUGUCAGAAGAGACGGCUAGUUCCGCACCGACGACUGACGUUAAGAUCGAGGAACAGAUUGCUAGAGGAGCGGAAGAGAGAAUAUCGAACAAGACAAUGGCGGACGAAAAUGCGGAAGAAAUAUUGGAGGAGAAUCAGCCGAUUCGAAGGCGAAGAAGUAGCGAGGAUACUGCGAUUAGUAACUUGACGAAUCCGGCGAAUCAAAGGGUACGAAGAAAAUCCAGUGACGAUGCGUCAUCCGAGUUGUUCAAGGUGACGAGUCCGAAAAAUGCGAACAACACGACGACAUCGACAACAACGAAUGCCUUCGUUGAGGUCGAGUCAGAACUGGCAAAGAUGUUCGCCGGGAUCGUGGAAGCAGAUUCAGAUGUCAAAAAUGAAGAAUCAAAAGCGGAACUCGCGAGUACUGAGAUUCAGGGCGAUAGUGACGCUACAAAAAUCGAGGGUCUUGAAAAUAGUUUUCUGUCAACGACGACGGAUUCUCAGAACGCUCAGAACAAUCCCAUUGAUGUUUCCUCGACUGUAGAUACAAAAUUGUCAGGGAAGAAGGGUAAAAAGGGCAAGACGCAGGGCAAAAGGAAAAUAACCAGGUCGUCGGAGAAUAUCUUCGGCACGAGUGAUUCCCUGCCAAAAGAAACGAAGAAGAGGCGGAUAUCCAAAGGUUUGAAGAAACAGGAUCAAGCUUCUUCUUCGAAGAAGGCGAAGAAAAACACCAAAGUCGACGGCCUCAGAGAAAUGGCGUAUGAUUCUGGUUCGAACGCGAGUUCGAUUAGAUCGCGGGGCCCAGUGGUCCAUGUGGAGGGACCUAGGGACAGUCCGUUGAGUAUUCAAGUGGUUAAUGCGCCGAGGGAGGAGGAGGAGGAGAAAACUAAGGAGAAACGGAAAAGUGUCGGCAAUGGAAAUGGAGGCCGAAGUAAGAGGCUUAGUCAUCAGAAUGAUUUAGAUUAUAGAGGUAAAGUUAGUAGAGCAGGUCUCUUCAGUUCAACUUUAUCGUCGCGGUAUGAUGCGCAUACCACGGAUUCAACUUGGGUCUGUGUAUUUUGCAAACAAGGUCCUCAUUCUAUUGUACCCGGAGAUCCGUCCAGACCACAUCCAAAUCUGGCCGGACCGCACAUUGCAACUGGAACAUACACAGUUCCAGCAGGCGUAUUAAGCGACUUAUUUGGACCAUACUUGAUUGGCAAGGAACGGUUGGAGGAUGGUAUUUUAUCGGCCGACGAACAAGAGAUUACGACGGAACAAAAGAAAGGUGGCAAGAAUAAGAGGAGCUUGAGGUACGCGGGUCUGGCGGAUCAAUUCUCCGCAAAGAUGGGCAAAAAGAAACGUAAUUCUAUCGAAAGUAAUACAAACGCCAUCUUCACCGGUAUGACUCUACAUCCCGGUGGAGAGGAGCAACGAUGGGAAGUAUGGCUUCACGAACAAUGUGCGGUAUGGGCAGCUGGAGUUUACAUGGCGGGUGGCAGAGUGACAGGAUUGCAAGAAGCGGUAUGGGAUGCCGCCAAGUCAAUAUGCGACUCCUGCGGCUUGACGGGAGCGAACAUUGGGUGCGUGAAACGAGGAUGCAAGGCUGUUACACAUUAUCCAUGCGCAUUGACGAAAGGUUGGCAUCUCGACACAAAUCAGUACAUACCUAAGUGUAAUGUUCAUCGAGUUACGUGAAACUCCGGUGAGUCUGUGAACAUAAGUUAAUGUGAAAACUAGGUUGUAUUCACAUUAUAUCACAUUGAAAACCGGCUUUAAUUAGAUGCACCGAAUAAAGGGCAAUAAUGUAAGAGACUAAGUAUAUAAAUCCGUUUUUAUGACUGAAGAUAGCCUUACUAGUUAGUAAGGUAUACUCUAGUUGACAAAGCGCAGGAGCAAAACAUCUUCAUACAUGAUACAAUCACUUGAUAUGUAAUAAAGUUACAAGGGUGAUUGGAAUAUAAUAAUAGGUGCAGACGAGAAUGAUAUAAUUGAUGUAAUUAUAAAUGGAUAAAAUCUAACAGAUGGUUGAUUCGAUAUUCUAUCUCCUCUAAUAGAUAUAAAGUCAUCUUGUUUAAUUAAAUAAAUGUGAGAUGUUUUGAAAUUACGCUUUGUAUCAUUCAACGUGUAAGUGUGUAUCUGGAGCAUGAAAGUAUAAAUGUGAAAGCAGUUAUACUAAUUUCCAGACAUCAAGCGUAGAAUCAAUAUGCUCGAAAAAAAUACUUUCCAAUGUACAAGAUGUUUAAACAACAAGCUAUUAACUGUCUCUGAGAAUUUAAAAAAAAAAGAAAGAAAGAAAAAAUAAAAAAAUAAAUGACGAAUGAAAGUGAAGAAAUAGAAACUUUUCUCAAUUAUUGAAUUUAAUUGAUUUUCUUGGCCUGUGGCCUUGAACAGUGGCCUUUUCGACUUAAUAUAAAAAAAGCAAGAUUUUUUUAAUUUUGAAUCUAUAGAGUAGACGGAUCGCUAUCGAGGAAUAAUGAUAAUCAAAAAGGACGACGUUUGCUUUUUUAUUCACAUUUAUGAAAAAAACAUUACAAAUUUUCUUAAUAACAUCAUGUACGCAGGAAUACAUAAAUAGGGCAUAUUGUACUGAAUGUUAUCGAAUUUAAAAUCUGUAAAAUAUGACAGCUAUCAAAAUUGGACACAUUUAAAUGCAGUAAGAUGAAUAAGUUCAAGUAACAUAUAGGUGAAAAUUGAA